GAGACAGAAUAUGACAUUUCCUCUCCUGAUUAGCCAAGCAUUCUGGUGUGGUAGAGAUUGAGAAUGUGAGAGAAGCGACUGUCUGUAUCCUGGUGAGGUUCAUGUUAUAAUUGAGCCUAACUCAUUCUCCAGACAUUGAGUGAAUAAUAGGCAUAGAAACAUGUCAGACAAAGCAACAACAAAAAACCUGUUAGAUCCCUAGGCUAUAGUUUCAGAUUUGUUCAGCCCGCAGACCUAUUGGAAACGUGAUAAUGUUAAGAACCUAUCCAAACAGAGUUCAACUGUUCAGUGAUCUCCAAACAGACUGCAUGUCUCCCGACCGGGACGGUUCAGAGAAUGAGUCCGGAGAUGGAGGACUGGUCCCCGGUAUAGUGGAGAGAAUUAGUCCGGGUAUGGGUCCGUGUUUGUAGGUGAGUGCUGCAGAGAGGGGGCGCUAGGCGCUGUGAAAUCUCUUGUCUGCGGUGAGCUGUGCUCUGGCUGGCAGCAAGACGCACUGGGAGCGGAGAGGUUUCGGUUCUGAGAUUCAUAACUUACUCAGACCCGGGUUCGGAAGAGCGCGCCCAGCCGAGCUCAGAGUCCCGGCUACCGGACAGUCCCUUCGAGUACUCCCCGCUCCCGGUCCCCCACCACAGUCGCAUCAGUCCCCAGCCCCCCACACAGAACACAAUUCAGCGCGAGGCUUUCACACCAGAUCUAUGGCAUUCUGACAAUGAACAAGCACGCUCAGUUUUUGGAACGGAUGCAUUGUGUCCAGUUGAAAUGCACACCUCGAGACAUGCCAUGUGUGCAGGCACAGUAUGGGCCCGCCCCUCCAGGCUCGUCCUACUCCGCCCAGUCCUUUGGUUACCAGGGGGACAGCUACAGCUCUGACCUCAUGACCCCGGACUAUACCAAGUUGGACUUGGGGGGAGGUGAGAUCUCGGCGGCCGCCACCACCUCUCUGCCCAGCUUCAACGUGUUUGUUGAGGGGAGCUACGAGCCCAAGUCCUCCUGCCUAUACCAGAUGCCCUCCCAUAGGCCGCUUAUCAAGAAGGAGGAUGAGUCCUACCUACAAUCUGACACCAUGCCCUCCUCCUCCAUGUACUUUAAACAGUCUCCUCCGUCCACCCCCACCACCCCCUCUCUCGCCCCCCAGCCUGGCUCCUCCUUCCUCUGGGAUGACUCCGCCCACCUCUCCCUGCAGCCCCCCUCCCAUGGCCCCCUCAAGUCCGCUCGCUUCCCCCACUUCUACCAGCACUCCCCUCCCCACAGUGGGGGGUACGAGGGGCUAGGAGGGGGGCUGCCUCGCUCUUCCUCCUCAUCAUCUUCCUCGUCCUCGUCUGUGCCCCCUCACCCCCACGGCCCACCCCUGGAACAGCACCUGUACCACCUGCACCGCGGGGUUGGGGGUCCGGGGGGCCCGGGAGGACUGGCCUUCCGAUCUCUGGCACUGGGGUCCUGUAACCCUCUGCUGGGGGACCGCCUGCCCUCCCCCCCCCAUCGCGGCCCCCCAGGAGAGGGCACCUGUGCCGUGUGUGGCGACAACGCUGCCUGCCAGCACUACGGCGUACGCACCUGCGAGGGCUGCAAAGGCUUCUUCAAGCGUACGGUGCAGAAGAAUGCCAAGUAUGUGUGCCUGGCCAGUAAGAACUGUCCGGUGGACAAACGGAGACGCAACCGCUGCCAGUACUGCCGCUUCCAGAAGUGCCUCAGUGUCGGCAUGGUGAAGGAGGUGGUGCGUACAGACAACCUGAAGGGCCGUCGAGGUCGUCUGCCCUCCAAACCAAAGAGCCCGCUGCAGGCGGAGUCCUCGCCUCCCUCGCCUCCCCUCAGCCUGCUCUCUGCUCUGCUCAGGGCCUACUCACACUGCACUCCCAGGGAACUGGACUACAGCCAGUUCAGUGCGGCGGAAGCCCCCUCCUCCUCCUCUGACACCCAGUACAUACAGCUCUUCUAUAGGCUGCUCACCAUCUCCAUGGAGACCACGCGUUGCUGGGCCGACCGGCUGCCCGGCUUCAAUGAGCUUCACGGCGAUGACCAAAACCUUCUCAUAGACUCCGCCUUCCUGGAGCUCUUCGUCCUGCGAUUGGCCCACAGGUCUUUGUUGUCGGAGGAUAAGCUGGUGUUCUGUAAUGGCCUGGUGCUGAGCAGGUUCCAGUGUCUGAGAGGUUUUGGAGAGUGGCUGGACUCCAUCAGAGACUUCUCCUCUCAUCUACAGAGUCUCAACCUGGACACAUCCGCCUUCUCCUGCCUGGCUGCCCUGGUGCUGCUCACAGAGCAGGUCCCAGGACUGAAGGACAGUAAGCGCGUUGAGGAGCUGCAGAACAAGGUGGUCUGUUGCCUUAGAGACCACCUGGGCUUUGGCCCCUCCUCCUCCUCCUCCUCCAAGGCCACGCCCCCUCUAAGUCGUGUGCUGGGUGUUAGGGCGGAGCUCCGCUCCCAGAGGACCCAGGGUCUGCAGAGGAUCUUCUACCUGAAGCUGGAGGACCUAGUCCCACCCCCACCUCUGAUUGACAGGUUCCUAGACACUCUGCCCUACUGAUGCUGCCUGGGUUGAUUAUGCCCACACAUACAUGUCACAUCCUGUUUAAGACCUCCCCCCCCCCACCUAGAGCACCACGCAGCCACACUCAGAGGAGCGAGACUCGCUGAGCUACGCUGAGAGACAGCCAAUCAAAUUGCUUUUCACUCAUUAAGGACAACCAAUCAAAAAAUGCUUUUCACGCCAUAAAGACAAUUAUUCAUAUGCUUACCACUUUCUAUCUGGACCGUUUUUCUCGUGUGAUGGGAGGAUUUGAAAGGAUAACAAAAAAAUGAAAGGGACAUUUCUCUGUCCUGUUUUAGUCUGGUUAUGCCUGAAGGAGGAAAAUAAGACCCAUGUCUUUGUUCUGGACUGGUUCAGUCUGGUUCGGUUCAGUCUGAAGUUCAUAGCAGUCUGUCCUAGGGGCAGGGGAAGGCAGUCUGUGUGGGUAGCUGUGUGACACUCUGAUGAUGUCCCAGGGAAACAGAAGCUGUGUUUGUUUUGUGUUCCCCCUGCGAAAUUGGAGGAAGGAGACAUUUAAAUAAAAAAAGGUAUCGUCAGUCAAGACGACGUACAGCGUGAGUGACCCAGCAAUCUGUCUGUGUGUGUGUGAGCUUAGUCACACAACAGAAGGCAUUAAAACUAUAUAAAACACCCAACACACACAGUGAAGUGACUGCUGUUUGGCUCUGUUGUCCAAGUGCAAUUUCUUUAGUGCUAUCUUUUUUUUUUACACAACAGCUAGAGAUGGAAAGGUUUCAUUUCAAACUCUAAAUUAUUCUAAUACUAAGACUGGCCAUGUACUGCCAGUCUGUCAGUAGCUCCGGGAGAAAGAGAGAUUGGUGAGGAGGUACUGAGAACUAACCAUUGAUGACUCAGUCUCUCAGACUUGAACUGGCUGUAGUAGAUUUAAGAAUGAACUCUUAGGAUUAUUGGAGGAAAGAACGCAAGCAGCACUUACACCCUCAGAGGGUGACAAGCACAGACACACACCCACCCUGCUCCCCGAGAGAGGGAGCGAAGAGGCAGAGAGGAGGAGAACAGGAGAGGAGGAAAGGGGGGCUGGGAGUAGAAGGGUGCUCCAUGGAUGACUGUAAGGGGCCUGCGAGAGGUUGAAACAUUCCGCAGUCAUGCUCUUUUUAUAUGUUUGUAAUAUGGAGGCUGUGAGAGAUUGGAGGACAGUGUUACUGUCUAUGUGUUUCUGUGUAGGAGUACAGGAGCAUAUGCAUGGUGUGUUAUAAGCUGUUAUAAGCUCUUAUGAAGCUGUUAUGACAGCCUGGCCUGGUUUGUGUGACAGACUGUGCCUGUGUGUGUGUGUGUGUGUGUGUGUGUGUGUGUGUGUGUGUGUGUGUGUGUGUGUGUGUGUGUGUGUGUGUGUGUGUGUGUGUGUGUGUGUGUGUGUGUGUGUGUGUGGUCCCCCCCCCCCUCCCCCCCUCCACCCGGCCAUCCACCAUUACACAUCACAGACUCACUCACAGGCAUCCGUUUUGAAAGAAGGAAAAAAUACAAUUCUAUAGAUAUAUAAAUAUAUAUAUAUACAAAACUAAUAUUUUGAAGUGUUUUUAGCUUUUUCAAAUAUUGUGGUACAAGUUGUGCAUUGUUUUUUUGAAGAAGAGAAAUUAAAAGAAGUAAAAAAAGUUGUUUUCUA